GUCACUGUUGCCUAACAAGGCAGGCAUGUUAAAUACUUUGGAGGAACUUAUCCUGUGUAUGCUACAGUAAAGAUAGUGCAGAUCUCUACAAAGAAGAUACACAUUUACCACUCCUCUCUUUGGAUAAUUUUAAUGCUCACACUUAUGAUCAAAUAUUAGCUUUUUCUGAUUGUCAUCGAAAAGCAGAUUAUAAGGCUUGAAGGUAUACAUUUAUGGAGAACAUGGCACGGCAAGUAAUAUUUUUAUAUUUUUCCUUCUGUUUUGUGGCUGCUUCUGAUUUCCUUCAUUAUUCAGUUUUAGAAGAGAUAAAGCAAAAUUCUGUAGUGGGGAAUGUUGCAAACGAUUUGAAAUUAACUAGCAAUGAGCUAAAGAUGAAAAAAUUAAGGAUUGUUUCUAACAAAAAUAUGAAUUAUUUCAAUAUUAGUUCAGAAAAUGGUAAUAUAUAUAUCAUUAGCAGAAUAGAUAGGGAAGAGUUGUGUGGGUCAGAGAUGAAUUGCUUUCUGGAUCUUGAGAUUCUGGCAGAAAAUCCAGUAAAUGUUUAUCCUGUUAGGAUUGAGAUUCAAGAUGUAAAUGACAAUCCCCCAAGUUUCUCUAAGGACAUUUUUUACAUUGGAAUAAGCGAGUCCACUUCCCCAGGAGCCCGUUUUGUCCUGGGAAAUGCUCUUGACCAGGAUUCAGGCUCAAAUUCUUUGCAGAGCUAUGAACUUAGUCCAAACACAGAUUUUGAAUUAGUUGAAAAACCACUCAGUGAAGAGGAUAAAUACCUAGAACUUAUUUUAAAGCAGCAGCUAGAUCGUGAAAAACAACAGAGAUAUCGUUUAAUUUUAACAGCUUCUGAUGGAGGAAAGCCUGUAAAAACUGGAACUGCUAUUAUCCAGAUUGAGGUACAAGAUGUGAAUGACAAUUAUCCUGUUUUCAGUCAAAAAAUAUAUCGAAUCGAUUUGAAUGAAAAUUCUGCACCUGGCUCACUUGUUAUUGAUCUAAAUGCUACUGAUGAAGAUGAAGGUUCAAAUGCGCAUAUCACAUACUCAUUUAGUCACAUUCGUGAUAAUGCACGUCAGGUAUUUUCAUUAGAUUCCCAAACUGGAGUCAUUAAAACUAUUCAGGAAUUGGAUUAUGAGUCAGCAAGAAGUUAUGAAGCUACUGUUGAAGCUAAAGAUGGUGGAGGUUUAGCUGCACAAUGUACUGUAUUCAUACAGAUUGUGGACAUUAAUGACAAUGCACCUGAGAUAACUCUUGCAUCCCUAUAUACACCAGUUCCAGAGGAUUCUCCACCUGGGACACUUGUGGCAUUAAUUAAUGUCAAAGAUUUAGAUGCUGGAAAAAAUGGGGAGGUGGUAUGCCAAAUAAGAGAUACCCAAGCAUUCAAACUGAUGGCAUCAUCUAAUAAUUAUUACAAACUUAUAACUGCACGACUUCUGGAUAGAGAAGAAAACCCAUGGGCUAUUUUAGAUGUGAAUGACAACCCACCUAUGUUUAGUAAACCAAUAUAUGUAUCGUACAUUCCAGAACAUGCACCAGCUGGAACCUCAAUACUUAAUGUUUAUGCAUCAGAUUUGGAUGAGAAGGAAAAUGCUCGUAUCACAUAUUCAAUCAUUAACACAAUUAUUGAAAACAUUCCAGUAUCUUCAUACAUUUCCAUGAACUCGAUGACUGGGGUUAUUUAUGCUCAGAGAUCAUUUGAUUAUGAACAAUUACAGGAAUUGCAGUUCCAGCUAAUGGCCAAAGACAGUGGCUCUCCUCCACUAAGCACUAAUGUCACAGUAAGGAUAUGUAUCAUAGAUAAGAAUGAUAAUGCUCCAAAGAUUCUUUAUCCAUCACCGGAUAAUGAGGAUUCUACAAUAUUUGAAUUUAUUCCUAACAAUGCCGAGAAAGGUUAUCUAGUGACUAAAGUGAUUGCAGUGGAUGCUGACUCUGGGCAUAAUGCUUGGCUUUCUUAUCAUCUUUUACAAGUUCCUGAUCCAACCUUAAUUAACAUUGGUCAACACAGUGGUGAAAUCAGGAUAGGUCGAGACCUUCAGUAUACAGAUUCACUGAGGCAAAAGAUUGUGGUCCUUGUGAAAGACAGUGGACAACCCUCUUUGUCCUCUACAGUCACCUUGAGCUUAGUUGUGGCUGAAAACUUCCAGGAAGUUGUACCGGAAAUAAAACAUACACCCAGUAACAUUGACAUUUCAUCAAAUGCAACAUUCUAUCUAAUUAUAGCAAUAGUUUUGAUUUCUGUCUUAUUUAUUGUGUCGGUGAUGAUUGUUGCAAUUUUCAAGUGCAAAAAAUCUACUGCAACAACUCUUGGAACUUAUAGGGGAAAUGUGUACCCUCAGUUCACCCUGGGAUGUCCUUCUGAAAUCAGCGAUACAAGUUUACCUUUUCCAUUCUCAUAUGAUGUGUGUGUGACUCUUGACUCAAAGCAGAAUGAAAUUGCUUAUCUGAAGCCAGUCCAGAAUGUUCCUACAGAUAAUCUUAUUGACACAGGUGAUUCACCUUCUGAGAACACUACACAGAUUUAA